AGAUGGGCGAUAACACAGCAGUACUUCAAGGCAUUCGUCGUGUAGAGGGCAUCAGCUAUCCCGUGCUGACGCCCAAUAUGAAAGGCUUCGAGGCUGCGGCCGAGGCUGGUGCAGAGGAGGUGGCGGUGUUUGGGUCAGCGACGGAGGAAUUCAGUCAGAAGAACAUAGCGUGUUCUGUCGAGGAAAGUCUGGAGCGCUUUGAGAAGAUCAUGGACGCGGCGAAGGUCUUGGACAUUCGCGUGCGUGGUUAUGUGUCUUGUGUCAUGGGCUGUCCGUACUCGGGAUAUGUCAGUCCCGAGAAAGUCGCCGCGGUGGCCAAGAAACUGCGGGAUAUGGGGUGCUAUGAAGUGUCUCUGGGCGAUACCAUCGGCACAGGCACGCCCGGGCUCAUGCGAGAGGUCAUCGACCACACCAGCGCAGUGAUUCCGAUGAGUGAGAUCGCAGUACACUGCCACGACACGUACGGACAGGCGCUGGCGAAUAUUUUAACGGCCGUGGAUAUGGGCGUUCGGGUAGUUGAUGCGUCAGUCGGGGGCCUGGGGGGAUGUCCCUAUGCCAAAGGUGCCUCGGGCAAUGUGGCGACCGAAGAAGUGGUCUAUAUGCUCCACGGCAUGGGGUUGGAAACAGGUGUGGAUAUGAACAAGCUCCUGGAGGCUGGCCAGUAUGUGAUGGGAGCCUUGGAUCGACCUUCGACAUCUCGCGUUGCGCGUGCACUGGGCUAUGUCCAGAACUCCUAGUUCAGCUACACCUCUGUCGUACUGUCGUAUAAUCGAUUGGACGUAUACCCUAACGUCACUUGAGGUGGGGCGACACAGACGCAGACUCGGGCACGGACGUGUACGUGCCCACAGGAGGAAGUAGUAGACAAAUGGCGAGUGGACUGGGAUGGUAGUUGUGGGUGUUGAUCGGCACGGGCUGUGGUUGAUAUCAACCUUUUGCGCGUGGCUUGGGUCUCUGUCACACCAACAUCAGUGCGUGUGCGUGUGCGUGUGCGUAUGCACGCCAGGACGAGUUUGCCCAUGGGCCACCCCCGUGACAUGGCGCAGUGGUAUGUAUAGAGCGUGCGCCUAGAUCGCAUUGUUACGGUGGAGCUUUAUGUGAUGCUACGCUGUAGCUGUGUGUGUUAAACUCGUCUUAAAGUGGUAUCCCUUUCUCACCGCCAAUGCCUGCCACGCUACUACGGAUGACCCGCUGAUAGGGCUAUCGUAUCUGGGCGUGGUAUGCACGAGGUCGCCUGCAGAUGUGUGCUGAGUCACACCAACUCCACGUGGCUCUGCCACAGACAGGCUGCGAUGUAUUGGGGGGGGGCGAAUGUUGAUGCAUGGUGUGGGGAAACGCCAGGGGGGGGGGGCGAAUGUUGGUGCAUGGUGUGGGGAAACGCCAACAAGCGCACUACAGCAUUGCUAUUGCUGGGGGUGAAUAUCGGUGACUGGGGUGAGGCUCGCACACACACUGCUCGCCUGCCGAUUUAUAUGUGUGGGACGGAACCACGGAGAAUGGGUAGACGUACGAAGCGCGUGCGUGUCUUUUGCACCAGAGGUUAUGUGUAACUGCCUAUCCCUGCUUGUAGUAGGAAGCAAAAAAAAAACUGCUGUUCAGGCACAGGGGCUAGACACCACGCCAUACUAUGGCAUCGCGCUCGUGUGUUGCUGGUCUGUACCUCACUGUGCCGGUGGUUUCAAGUCGCCGAUUUUAACAGGGGUUGUAGCUAGCCUCCUAGCAAUUAAAUCUACUUAACACCAA